AUGGACAGCCCUGAACCCGAUACGCCCUUUGCGGCCGUCAGCGCCCAAACAACAAGAUUCGGAAUGCUUUACCAAUCCUACCUGGACAAGUCAACGCCGUACAAGACAUAUCGCUGGAUUGGAACUGGUGUCAUCUUCUUCAUGUUCGCUUUGCGCAUCUUCCUCGCUCAAGGCUGGUACAUUGUCGCAUACUCUCUUGGCAUCUACCUCCUGAACCUGUUCCUCGCCUUCAUUUCGCCUAAGUUCGAUCCCGGUCUCGAGUCCGCCGAAGACAUGGAAGAAGGCAGUAGUGGAGACCUUCCCACAAAGUCAACCGACGAGUUCAAGCCGUUCGUACGCCGCCUCCCCGAGUUCAAGUUCUGGCACGCAGCCACCCGCGCCAUUGUCAUUGGUUUCUGUUGUUCAUGGAGCGAGAUUUUCAACUUGCCUGUCUUCUGGCCUGUCCUCGUCGUAUACUGGUUGAUUCUUGUCGUCUUGACCAUGCGCCGUCAGAUCCAGCACAUGCUGAAGUACAGAUAUGUCCCAUGGGACUUUGGCAAGAAGAACUACGGCGCCAAGAACAGCAACUGA